ACAUCACAACUAGUUUGGAGCAAAUCGUGGUCCAAAUUUAACUUCCACGUAUGACUGUCGCAAUAAUCGCAAUAUUGCAAUACUAUAGACAAGCCAAUCGCAGUGGAUGGCAAGCAACCACCACAACCUGCGCUAAGUAUUGAAUGUUUGUCUGCUUCCCCGGUCCAGUCCAGCAGCUGUUAAACUCUCCCGGGUCACCGUGAGGACUAACAGGCUGCCAUUUAACCUCUGAGGUAAAGUAGUUGUCCACCAAUCAUACAGUCUAAAGGUGCAUCCAGCCAAACUCCAUUCAUAAAUCCCAGGAUUAAGGGGACUCGGCUGUAGGCCAAUGUUGUUUGCUGCCACAACAUGAUUUGUUUUCUGUGUUCGUCAGGUACUGCUGCUCCAUUCGGCUGACACACGAUCGGGCUGACAUAUCUUGAUUUUCACAACAAAAAAAAAAGAAAAGGAAAAAAACAGGUGCAAAUAUCACAUAGAUCUCAUACCGCACCGCUGUUGAGCCACCUUGGGGAAAUUCCUUCACCACAACAACCCAACUUACACAAGCGCUAGGUGGAGGUAGCCGGAUGUAAAGGUAAAAUGCAGAGGUGAGAGGACUGGAGGGACGUAUGCAGGAGCCAAUCACCUCCCUCUGUGCACCUGUUGUGCCAGGAAGGAGUGGGCUCCUUACAGCGCAAAGUUCAUUUUCCUCUGAGUCCCUACAGAAGGGAGGAGGGGGGAUGUACUGUGAGGAUGACAUGCUCACAUUGACCUUUGCCCUCGAAGCCUGGCCUCUGAUUGGUCAGGGCCGGGAGUGAAAACACACCAUAAGAGACGACCCCCCCCACCCCCCCUCCAGCUACCAUGUCUGUCCAGGAAGUAUCUCCACCACCCACGUCGCCGUUACCUCUCAAACCCGAGACCAAACCGAGACCGGAGAUCCCUCCAAAACCGUCAACACAAACCAGCUCCCCUCCUCUCGGGGACAGAGGCAGCAGUGGGAAGGUCAAGAGGAUUGUGAACAAGUUUAGCAAACAGGAGUCUGCAUCAAAUGAAGCCAAUGAACACCCCACUAAUGGUAGCGCAGAACUCAAGACAAGUAAGCGGUUCAAAAGGCCGCCGACCAUAAAGCCCAAACCGGGCCGUGCCAGUCUGCAGCUUCAGAUCGGCAGAGAGCAGGCACCUCCGCUGCCUGCCAAGAGGAGCCGCGUCCCGCAGAAGCAGAAAGAGAGUCUGGGAGGAGAGGAGGGGGACGGCAUCGGCGUGGAAGGACGUCGAUCAGCGCCUGAUGGAAAAGAGGUGGAGGUUCAGCUGAAUGGAGGAGGGGAAGCAGAGGUCGAGCGCAGUCCAGACACGCCGCUCAGUCCCUGCUGCGACCCGUGCUGCGGCUGUGUUUGCCACUUCCAGCGGCCGGGCAUGAAACUGAUAUGGGUGCCCGUUGACGUGGAAGACGGUGAGGAGGAGGAGGUGGAGGAGACAGAGGAGGAUGGGACCGAUGGGGAGGAGGACAGGUCGGAAGAGGGAGAAGACAAGGAUGCGGAGGUGGAGAGGGGAGGGGAAGGGGACAGCGAGGCGGACGAGGACGAGGUGGACAGGACUUCUGUGGUUGAUGAGGGUGAGGUGUCGAAACAAGACAAAGCAAAGUUUUACCACUCUUUGGACGUUUUAAUCAGCGAGGGUAACAGGAGGCGGUCGGACCCAGGUCCUCACGCUGUCCUCAUGUCCCGCGCCGUCACUCGCUCUCAGUCUCCCCCCGUUCCCCCUAAACAGUCUCAGUCGCCGCCAAUCCAAAAAUCCAUCCACGAAGAAGAAAAUAUUUACGAGGCCACGCUUCCAGUGUUCGACCCUACCCCCAAAAAAUCCACAUCUCUGUGUAAGGAACUGGAUAUUCCUCUUAUCAAGGUGCGCAAACCAGCCCGUCAGUCUAAGCUGCCCUCCAGCACCUCAGACCCGACAUCAGAGUUCCAGGUGGAUGUUGGCUCAGUAUCGAGCCCAGACGACGUGCCGCCUGCCAUCCCGCCCCGCAUGCCGGUGACUCAGGACAGCCGCAGCCUCACGCCGGUGCACCGGAGCGGCAUUCCUCUCCCGCAGCCCACGCUGGAGGAGUGGCGCUCGUUGCGGCCCUCCUCCCCCAGCAGCUCCACCGCCAGCGGGCUGAGCCCCCAACGAGCCAUCACUCCACCCCCGACCAGCAGCCUCCAGCCUCAAAGACCCCCACCUCCACCGCCAAAGACAGAUCCCAGGAGGCUCAGCAGUGCCUCAAUGCAAUCCCUCACACAGAAAAAAGAAGGAGAGGAGAAUGGAGGGAAUGAAGGAGAGAAAGAGGAGACGAUGGAAGAACCACGUCCAGUCAGGAGCAACUCUCUCAGGAGGGAGUCCUCGUUCAGCUGGGAGUCCCGGCUGCAGGAUGAGCCCCUUUACCAGACAUACCGUGCCACGGUCAUCACCAAGGAGAUCCGACGCCAGACGGUUUGCCGUAAUAUCAGUAAGACUAGCGUGGACUACGCCAUGGACUGGAACGCCCGCCUGUCCGGGACUGGGACUCCAACUGGAACUGGAACUGCGACUGGAAACGGAGCACCCAAAAGCAGCCCGGUGCCCACACCAGGCCAGAGCACCCUGUGGCAGGACCUCCCAGCCGUACGGGACAGUGGCGUGCUGGAGCAGCUCACCCCUGAACAGUGCAAGUACCAGGAGAGUAUGUUUGAGGUCCUGACAUCGGAGGCCUCUUACCUUCGAUCCCUGCGCGUUCUGACCGAACACUUCCUGGACAGCCGGGAUCUAGAGGAGACGAUGAUCAUCAGGGACAAGAAAACCCUUUUCUCCAACAUCCUGAGGGUGCGCGAGGUCAGCGAGAGGUUUUUAAAGGACCUGGAGGACCGCAUAUUUGAGAAUUUUGUCUUUUCAGACAUCUGUGACAUUAUCCACUACCACGCCCAGCACAACUUCCCCGCCUACAUCGACUACGUCCGCAACCAGAUCUACCAGGAGAAAAUCUACACCUCGCUCAUGAAGAACAACGUGCAAUUUGCGUCGGUCAUCACCCGUCUCCAAGAGUCGCCUCAGUGCCAGCGGCUGCCCUUCAUGUCCUUCUUGCUCCUGCCUUUCCAGCGAAUUACACGCAUCAAAAUGCUCAUUGAGAACAUCCUGAAGAGAACAAAAGAAGGGACGAAAGAGGAGCAGACGGCCUCCAAGGCUUUGGCUUCGGUGUCAAAGAUCAUUGACGAGUGUAACACGCAGGUGGGAAAGAUGAGACAGAUGGAGGAGUUGAUCCAUGUCUCGCAAACGCUGGAGUUUGACAAGCUCAAGGCCAUCCCGAUCAUCUCCCAGACUCGAUACCUAGAGAAGAAGGGCGAGCUCCAGGAAAUGUCCAAAGGGGGAACUCUCUUCAACAUGAGGGCCAAGUUCACUCCCGUCUACCUCUUUCUGUUCAACGAUCUGCUCAUCAUCGCUACCAAGAAGGGCGCCGAGCGUUUUGUGGUGCUUGACCACGCUCACCGCUCUCUGGUGCAGGUGCAGCCAAUAGAAGAAGGCGGGAGCAGCGCGGGCCCCUACGAGCACUGCUUCAACCUCACGCUGCUGGAAAACCAUCAGGGACGCAUGAUGGAGCGGCUGUUCAAAGCUCCGUCCCAGUCAGACAUGCACAGGUGGAUGGCGGCUUUCCCCAACCCCACCAACCCCGACAGAGAUGAAGACGAAGUGAUUUAUGAGGACUGGGACUGUCCCCAGGUGAACUGCGUCGAGCAGUACAUCGCCCAGCAGGCAGACGAGCUCACCCUGGAGCCCACUGAGAUCAUCAACGUCAUCCGCAAAACCAACGAGGGUUGGUAUGAAGGGAUCCGUCUAUCUGACGGUCAGAAGGGCUGGUUCCCCAUUGCAAACGUCAUAGAGAUCACCAACGAGCACGUGAGGAGACGAAACCUGCGCGAGCGCUACAGAGUCAUACAGGCCGCGAGCAUUGUUGCCAACAGCAAGACCCGCACCGUUCAAUAGGAUCAACGGAUCAAACGUGUUUACAUUUUAAGGACGAUAAAUGGAGCAAAUGAAACAAACUGCUAAAUGUCUUCAUUCAGGGACUUUAUUGGUUAAGUGUCGGUUUCUAGCAACCAGGAAUUGAAAGAUAAAAGGAGAAGAGUUGCUUGCAAUUCAACUGACUAAUCAUCACCUUAUUUAUACUACUGGAGUAUGUGUGUGUAUGCUGGGAAGUGGAUCAUUCACUACUUGUGCUGAAAAAAAAACUGACUAUAUAUGUACCUGUUUGCAUUCAAACACACAGAGAGCAGCAUUGUACAGAGUCACCGCUGCAGAGUUGACCUCUUUUAACGAGCACAUAGCCCUGCAUGUCUCUCUAUUGUUGUGAAACUUACACAGUUGAAAUGCCAACCAUUCUAGCCAUUCACUGACCAGAUUUUACAAAUGUCAGACCUGCUGCAAAGAAAACAGACGGGCGUUCCUUUACAACGCCUCGUGUCGCCACAAGCAAACAUUAGUUAUCUCCUCGACACUCCUGCCACAUGUGAAAACCUGUCAACCUGUGUGACCUGAAUACUGGAUACGGCAUGAACAACAACACAUCUUGACUGAAAGAUGCAACAGUGUUAACAUUUUUUUUUUUUUUUUUAAAGAGGAAUAUUUCUCACCACAAAUCUAAACAGGAAGUGCCUUUGAUUGAACUCUGAACACAGAACAACACACCAAGACUUGUAUCAUGACCCAGCAUCAUCAAGCACAAUAGCUUUAAUGUUGCAUGUAAACGUGGGUUAAGCUAUUCUGUCGGUUAGAGUUCAGUCUCUCUGCUCAGUAGUUGUGUUGUUGACUAGCUGGUUAGCUUGUGUGAAAUAAUGCUGUAGCUCCCCCUGCAGCUUUAUGUCAAUCCAGACUGGGAUUUAUCUGUGGAUACACUCUAAAUGUACAAUAUGUAUGUAAAUAUUAAGUGGGGUGUUCCUUCCUUCUGAACAGUAGUAGUGCU